CUUCAGAAUGUUUCAACAGAACAACCAUCUCCAGGUGGUAAUUCUGAAGUGAGCAUUCAUAUCAACAUCACAGAAAUCAAUGGGUCGAGUAUGAAAACUGAUAUCACAACGGAAAAUGGAAAUAAUGACAACACAUCCGACUCAACAACGAAGACUCCAACAACACAAGUGGAUUUCAUGAAUGAAAAUGUAACGAAUAUCAUCGAUAUAACAACGUCAGGAGUAGAGAAAUCGAAUACAUCCUCCAGCGAGGAGGAAGUGAUUUCAACAGAAAGUACAAUGGAUAAUACGACCAGAAAUGAGAAUCUUCAGAAUGUUUCAACAGAACAACCAUCUUCAGGUGGUAAUUCUGAAGUGAGCAUUCAUAUCAACAUCACAGAAAUCAAUGGGUCGAGUAAGAAAACUGAAAUCACAACGGAAAAUGGAAAUAAUGACAACACAUCUGACUCAACAACAAAUACUCCAACAAAACAAGUGGAUUCCAUGAAUGAAAAUGUAACGAAUAUCAUCGAUAUAACAACGUCAGGGGUAGAGGAAACGACUACAUCCUCCAAGGAGGGGGAAGUGGAUUCAACAAAAAGUACAAUCGAUAUUUCAACCGGGAAUGAGAGACUUCAGAAUAUUUCAACAGAAAAACAUUCUCCUGGUGGUGAUGCUGAAAUAAGUAUUCAUAUCAACAUCACAGAAAUCAAUGGGUCGAGUAUGAAAACUGAAAUCACAACGGAAAAUGGAAAUAAUGACAACACAUCCGACUCAACAACGAAUACUCCAACAACAGAAGUGGAUUUCAUGAAUGACAAUGUAACGAAUAUCAUCGAUAUAACAACGUCAGGAGUAGAGGAAUCGACUACAUCCUCCAACGAGGGGGAAGUGGAUUCAACAAAAAGUACAAUCGAUAUUUCGACCGGAAAUGAGAAUCUUCAAAAUAUUUCAACAGAAAAACAAUCUCCUGGAGGUGAUGCUGAAAUAAGCAUUCAUAUCAACAUCACAGAAAUCAAUAGGUCGAGUAUGAAAACUGAUAUCACAACGGAAAAUGGAAAUGAUGACAACACAUCCGACUCAACAACUGAAACUCGAACAACAGGAGUUAUUACAUUAUCCAAUGAGGAGGAAGUAAGUUCAACAAAAAUUUCAACGGAUAUUUCUACCAGAAAUGAGAAUCUUCUCAGUAUUUCAACAGAAAAACCAUCUCCUGGUGGUGAUUCUGAAAUGAGCAUCCAUAUCAACGUCACAGAAAUUAUUGGGUCGAAUAUCAAAAAUAAAAUCACAACGGAAAGUGGAGUUGAUGAAAACACAUCUGACUCAACAACGAAUACUCCAACAACAGAAGUGGAUUUCAUGAAUGGAUAUGUGACGAAUAUCAUCGAUAUAACAACGUCAGGAGUAGAGGAAUCGACUACAUCCUCCAGCGAGGAGAAAGUGAUUUCAACGGAAAGUACAAUGGAUAAUUCGACCAGAAAUGAGAAUCUCCAAAAUGUUUCAACAGAACAACCAUCUCCAGGUGGUGAUUCUGAAAUAAACAUUCAUAUCAACAUCACAGAAAUCAAUGGUUCGAGUAUAAAAACUGAUAUCACAACGGAAAAUGGAAGUAAUGACAACACAUCCGACUCAACAACGAAUACUCCAAAAACACAAGUGGAUUUCAUGAAUGAAAAUGUAACUAAUAUCAUCGAUAUAACAACGUCAGGAGUAGAGGAAUCGACUACAUCCUCCAACGAGGAGGAAGUGGAUUCAACAAAAAGUACAAUGAAUGAUUCGACUAGAAAUGAAAAUCUUCAAAAUGUUUCAACAGAACAACAAUCUCCAGGUGGUGAUUCUGAAGUAAGCAUUCAUAUCAACAUCACAGAAAUUGAUGGGUCGAAUAGCAAAAAUGAAAUCACAACGGAAAAUGUAGUUGAUGACAACACUUCCGACUCGACAACAGAAACUCGAACAACAGGAGUGAAUUUCAAGGGAGAAAAUGUGACGAAUAUCAUGGAUAUAACAACGUCAGGAAUGGAGGAAUCGACUACAUUCUACAAUGAGGAGGAUAUGAGUUCAACAAUUAGUGAAACAAUUAUUCAUAGUUCAGUUACAUCACCACUAAUUGAAUCACAAAAUUCAUCCCAAUCCGGCCAAAAUGAGAGUGAUUCUUCAGAGGCAAACCACAUAACACAAGAAAAUUUCUGGAAUACAGUUUUUUCGACUCAGUCCCCAGAAGUUCCUACCAAGUUAUCCUCUUUCCACUCAUCUAUACAAAUCGGGAAUCGGAAUGAUGUUGAAAGGACAGAAGAGGUAACAACAAAGAACAUCAUGGGAGCAGGUUCCGAGACAAUAUCAUACAACGACGUGAUUCAAGCUUUUCCUGGAAUAGUGAAUGUUACGACAGAAGCAGUUCACAGUGUAUCUACUGAUUCGUAUGUUUAUCCAUACGUUUCAUCAGUAAACUCAGGACAGAUACAGCAUGGUAUUUCUGAAAUACCUCAAGGAAUAACUCCACAAGCAGCCUCACCAUUCAGGUUUAGAUUGUGCCAUUCGUUGUUGGCAUCGAUUUUGAAAUCAAUAUUCAGACCAGUUUUGAGUAUAUUUGGUCUAACUCAUUCAUAUACAUUCUGCAAUUCUACGCUAGUUUUCUAUUGGGAAAAUGGAAUAUCAACAAUCAUCAAUUCGCCCCUUGGGAAGCUUGUUGCAAUGUUAUUCAGGCCAAUCCUAUCAAUAUUCGAUUUGAUCUACACGAAUAUAAAACAAAUAAUUUCGAAUGUAUUUCGAAAUUUCGAUCUGGACAAAGGAUUGACCACAUUCUUCAACUCGCGUAUAGGAAAGCUGUUUGUAAUAAUAUUCAAACCAAUAUUUGUAUUGAUUGAUGUGAUCUACACGGAUGUUCAGAGCGGUAGUCUCGGUGAAUUCUACCCAAGUAAUUUAGUAUACACUCAGAAUGGAUUUUGGAGAAGAAUUCGACUGGCUGACAGAACGAGGAAUUUCUUCAAUUCGCGUCUGGGGAAGAUCCUGGAACUAUUUUUCAGACCAAUCUUGGCAAUAUUUCAGUUGAUCGAUUCCAAAAUUCAAGAAAUUGUCGUGGACAUACUCUAUCCAGGCAAAUCGAACUCUACUGAAAUUGGACCAGGAAGGGAAAUGGAUGUAUUCCAAGGAUUGAUCAGAUGGUUCCGAUUACAUUACAAAUCAGUUUUCAAAAUAUACAUCAGCCCCUUCCUGAGAACAAUCCACUUAUUUGUGACGGCGCCUGAAAGAAUGAGAAUGAGGAGAUAUAUUCACACAUUCGAAAAUUAUAUUGGAAUGUUUUGGAAUCGGAUUCAAAUUUUUUUGAAACCAAUUGGAAGUGUAUUAGAUCUAUUCUUCAGUUGGAUUGGAUUUGGAAUACCUCAGAAUGACAGUGGAUCAUCAUGGAACGUACACACAGUCCGUCCAGCAAGAUUGUUGCACAGAUACAUGACUCUCUGAUGUCGAUAGAUAUUUCGCAGUGGAAAAAAUAUGACGACAUGCAAACUGUGAUUUUAUUUUAGGUUUCAGCAUUUCAGAGUUGAAUAAUA